GUAUCGAUUAUCAUAUACUCUUUGGUAUCGAUAUUUGCAUUAUGUGUUCCAGAUGUCUGAUGCAAUGAUCUCCUUGCAUCACGGUGGAGGAUCACACCCAUAACAAAGCUAAACCCAGUGUGAGUGAUCUGUGCAUGGGGGUGAUCGCUGUAUGUGUGAAUGCUCUGUGAUCACACCGUGGCGUGACAUAAGAUAAGACGCAACUAAUUGUUCAUUAUUUUCAAAUAUUUGAACUCUGCCGGCAUUUCUGACAAUUUGUUUGCUUUGGGUAGUUCUAUUUGAAUAAUAAAUAAAAUUAUAAUAAUUAGUAAAUGAAGUGGAAAAUGGUGUAUGGUUCAUCAGUUUGUAUUUCGUUCCUCGCCCAGUGCUGUGGUGAAGUAUCGCUCCCUUGCCAGCAUGAGCACGUCUUCAGAUAUUCGAAUUAGCGUUGCUUAAUGUUCCGUGUGUUCCAGUUUUGUUUAGUUAUUGUAAUUUGUCGACCUGUCGUUUCCACCUGGUAUUAUCUUCCCAUACACGCUCACGUUUAGAUAGGCUUGAUAGGCCAGUAGUUCGCGUAUUGUUACUGAUUUUGGGUGUGUGAAAUGAGUAUACUACGAUAUUUUUGUUACGAUUUUAUAUAUUUGCAAAAUUAUAGGUAUAUUCCCAAGUGGUAAAGUAUGUAGUUGGGUAAUAUGGUGUAGUUAUAACACAUUUUAUGGCCAGUGGAUUAAAAGUCUUCAAAUUCGCGCACUUAUUGUCCUUGGUGUCGAGACGUUGUGCUGUGCAAGUUUUCUGUUGCUACAGCGGUGUGACAACAAUUUAGAUUGUCAAAUCAGCGCGAAGGUUGAAUAAUGAAACUAAAAGUAUUAUUUUCUGGGUGGUAUCCACGGGUAAUUACCCGAUGGCACAGUCGGGUAAAUAAUGAAAAACCAAACCAAACAAUUGCUGAUAAAAUAUUUGGCAAGUACUUGUUUAUCACUAAUACCAUCUCUAGUGGUAUUUUGAUGGGCGUUGGUGAUAUCAUCCAACAAGAAUUGGAAAUUUACAGAGGACAUCACAAAGGGUCCAAACUAUGGAAACGAUAUGACUGGCAGCGAAUUCAUCGGAUGUUUUGGGUUGGUCUUAUACUGGGACCACCUCAACAUGUAUUCUAUGGAUAUAUAGAUAAAUUAUUACCGAAACGAGAUUUUGCUAGUGUCAGUAAGAAGAUACUACUUGACCAAAUUGUUAUAUCACCUGUCUGUAUUGCUGUAUUUUUUGUUGGCAUGGGUGUUUUGGAAGGAAAUUCAGCUUCUGAAAUUAAAUCAGAAAUGAGGAAUAAAUUCCUCUUUGUUUACACCAUGGAUUGGAUGGUGUGGCCUCCAGCCCAAUAUCUGAAUUUUUAUUGUUUAUUGCCAAAGUAUAGAGUCCUUUACAUAAAUUUUGUUACUAUGUUGUAUGAUAUAUUCUUAUCAUAUGCAAAAUAUGACAUUGGAGAAACUAGUUAAUGAUUUUUGAUCUUAGUGCAAAAUGUAGACAUAUUGGACAUUGAUAAUUGUGAUAUAAAUAAUUAACUACGAGAAGCACUGUUUCUUAAUAUAGACAUAUAAGACAUUUAUAAUUGUGAUACACAUACUUUACUUACGAGAAGCGCUGUGUUUCUUUCUUUAAAUGUUCUUUAAUAAGAUCUGAAUGUACAAUGUUAUGUUUUAAUAUAUUUAUUUUAAAUUUA